AUGGCCUAUCCCCAUCCUGAGGACAAGCCCAAGCUCAACUGGACGCCACCAACGCCCGAUCCGCGUCAACAGCAGCGUUGGAUGUUGGACGGUGGCUACAACAAGGACCAAACUGGCCAUGAUGUGCAUGUGCAAGGACAAGCUCCAGUCUGGACUAGCAACAACGGACGUCAUGAGGUCGAUGUGGCUGCUCAGUAUGGACAGCAUCUUGGUGGUCCUUAUGGCAACAGUCGUCCUUCCUACGGUGGCGCUGGCAUUUACCGAUUCAGAUUCUAA